GCGUCCUGGUUGGUGUGGUCCUGCGCUACGGCAUCCACGUCCCCAGCGACGUCAACAACGUGACACUGAGCUGCCAAGUGCAGACCAGUCCUGCCACGCUGCUGGUGAAUGUCAGUGGGAAGUUCUAUGAGUACACCCUGAAGGGGGAAAUCAGUGCCCAGGAGCUCAACAACGUCCAGGAUAAUGAGAUGCUGAGAAAGGUGACUUUUGAUCCUGAAGUAUUUUUCAACAUCUUGCUUCCUCCUAUUAUAUUUUAUGCAGGCUACAGCUUGAAAAGGAGGCACUUUUUCAGAAACUUGGGAUCCAUCCUGGCAUAUGCUUUUCUCGGCACUGCCAUUUCCUGCCUGGUGAUCGGCUCUGUCGUGUAUGGCUGUGUGGCACUGAUGAAAGUCACUGGGCAGCUUGGGGGAGACUUCUACUUCACUGAUUGCCUCCUGUUUGGUGCCAUCGUGUCAGCUACUGACCCAGUGACUGUCCUUGCCAUAUUCCAUGAACUCCAGGUUGAUGUUGAGCUGUAUGCCCUUCUCUUUGGCGAAAGCGUCCUCAAUGAUGCCGUUGCCAUAGUGCUGUCUUCUUCAAUAGUUGCAUACCAGCCAGCAGGCGACAACAGCCACACUUUUGAUGUCACAGCGAUGUUCAAGUCCAUUGGGAUCUUCCUGGGGAUAUUCAGUGGAUCUUUUGCGAUGGGAGCAGCUACCGGAGUUGUGACAGCUUUAGUCACCAAGUUCACCAAACUUCGGGAGUUCCCUCUUCGGGAGUUCCCGGUGCUGGAGACUGGCUUGUUCUUCUUGAUGUCCUGGAGCACGUUCCUGCUGGCUGAAGCAUGUGGCUUUACAGGUGUGGUGGCUGUGCUCUUCUGUGGGAUCACACAGGCUCAUUAUACCUAUAACAACUUAUCUACAGAGUCCCAACACAGAACUAAGCAGUUGUUUGAGCUUCUGAAUUUCUUGGCAGAAAACUUCAUCUUCUCCUACAUGGGACUUGCACUGUUCACCUUCCAGAACCACGUCUUUAACCCUACCUUUGUGGUGGGAGCUUUUCUUGCUAUCUUCCUAGGAAGAGCUGCCAAUAUUUACCCACUGUCAUUUUUACUGAAUUUGGGGAGAAGAAAUAAGAUCGGGACGAAUUUGCAGCACAUGAUGAUGUUUGCUGGGCUGCGAGGAGCCAUGGCCUUCGCCUUGGCCAUCCGCGACACGGCCACGUACGCGCGGCAGAUGAUGUUCAGCACGACACUCCUCAUCGUCUUCUUCACGGUGUGGGUGUUUGGUGGGGGCACCACGGCCAUGCUGUCCUGCCUGAACAUCCGAGUCGGUGUGGAUGCAGACCAGGAGAACGUGGGUGUCCCAGAGAGCGAGAGGAGGAGUACGAAGGCCGAAAGUGCUUGGCUCUUCCGCAUGUGGUACAACUUUGAUCACAACUAUCUAAAGCCUCUCCUGACACACAGUGGUCCUCCCCUGACGACCACACUCCCAGGGUGCUGUGGUCCUGUUGCCCGGUGCCUGACAAGUCCUCAGGCAUAUGAGAACCAGGAGCAGCUGAAGGACGAUGACUCUGACCUCAUUUUGAAUGAUGGGGACAUCAGCCUGACUUAUGGAGAUUCCACUGUCAACACCGACUCGGUGGCAUCCAGCGGCACGUCGCGGCGGUUCGUGGGGAACAGCUCUGAGGACGCGCUGGAUCGGGAGCUCGCGUUCGGGGACCAUGAACUUGUAAUCCGUGGAACUCGCCUGGUCCUGCCCAUGGAUGAUUCAGAGCCCCCAUCAAACGUCCUGGAUAAUGCAAGACAUGGUCCUGCAUAAGGUUGCUCGGUUUAAUUGACAGUAAUAUUUGCAUAUAUGAUCAAAAAGUAUGUACUACCUAAAGUCUAAUGCAUGUCUCAAAAAUGUCUAAGCUGUAUAAAUAUUAUUUAUAUGGUGUCAGAAGAAUAUAAAUAUUCUCUGCCAAGCACUUGUAAAGAACAAGCUGCAAAUUUAAGUUAAAAACU